AUGAUGCAGGCCAGGAAGACCAAGCACGAUGUCAUCGGACUGACCGAGACAAGACGACGCCACCCUCACACCGCCGUAUAUGAAACGGGAGAACUGUUCUUAGGAACAUGCGACAGUAGAGGUGUUGGUGGAGUUGAAGUCCUCGUCAUCACGAGUAUUGCAAAGAUCAUCGACUCUUUCGAACAACUAUCGACCCGAAUCGGACGUCUGCGGAUGGGAAGAUGUGGUCCAACCGCGGCUUUGAAUAUCCUCGUGGAUGUCACACGGUGGAGGGGACCGUAA